AUGUGGACGCUCACGGAGUACCAUCGCUUAGUCUACGUCGAUGCGGACCUUCUUGUAAUGAGCAGCCUCGACGACCUCUUCUGUCGCGACGAGCUGACUGCUGCGCCCGACACCAUCCCCCCUGACCGCUUCAACAGUGGCUUGAUGGUGGUGGCGCCUAGUGACGACACUUUUAGGGAUAUGCUGAGCAAGGUCGCCACCACCAAGUCACCCAACGUGGGCGAUCAGGGCUUUCUCAACAACUACUUUGCCGACUGGUACUCUCAGGCCCCCUCCCACCACCUGCCCUACGCCUUCAACCCCCUCGUGCGCCUCAGCGGGUGGGAGGGGUGGGAGAAGUUUGUGCAGCCGCAGCUGAGGGUGCUGCACUACUCGGGGAGCACCAAGCCUUGGAACACCAUGGAGGACAAGCAGUUCCCCACCACUCGCAGCCUGGAUCACAUCUGGCUCGCUGCUCACAGCGACAUGCUGAAUGCCCUUGCACAGGCCAUGGCUACUGCAAAAGCAACUGGAAAUAGUGGUGGCAGCAGCAGUGGCGCAAGUGAGCCUGCUGGUGGGGAUGCAGCAGCAGGGGAAGGGGAUGGUGGAGUUGAGACCCUCGGGGCGAGCGGUGAAUAUGCCCCUCUUUCUUCCAUCUGCCAAGAGGAGGGGGCGACCACCAAUGGCAGGUCACUCACCACUGCUGCUGUCUUGGUAAUUGAAGACACCAUUCUGGUGCCCCCUGCUCUCCUCACCACAUCCCUCCUGCGAUGGCGGGAAACCCCCAACCGCCUCCUCGGUUUCCUCCCCUCCGCCCACUUCCGCCUCUCCAAGGGAGUCCUCAAAGGGAGACUGGCCGUGCAUGUUACCCUAUGUCUCAUUCUCAUGCUGCCCUCUUCUCCCCGUCCAACCUUUCACUUCUCCCACCAGCUCCCUCACCACAGCGGCACGGCAGUCCUAGUAAUCGAUGACACCAUGCUGGUGCCCUCUGCUCUCCUCGCCACGGCCCUGCUCCGCUGGAGGGAAGCACCCAACCGCCUCCUCGGAUUCCUCCCUUCAGCCCACUUCCGCCUCUCCAAGGGCGUUCUCAAAGGGCGGCUCGCCGUGCACGCUUCCCUGGGGCCCGGAGGGGACUACUCAGUGGUUACUGGUGCGCUGCUGCUGCAUAGAAACUAUCUGCACUAUUUUACCUGCACUAUGGGGGAGGAGGCGAGGCGGUAUUUGGAGGGAGGGAGCGAGGGAGACGGUGGGGGAGAGGGUGGGGGAGAGGGUGCAGGAGGGAGUGAGGGAGGGAGUGAGGGAGGGAGUGGGGGAGGGAGUGAAGGCGGUCGGUCCAAUCCGGCGGCGAGGGCGUGUGCUGACGUGGCGAUGAACAUGCUGGUGACUCAUCUGUCUGACCUGUCACCAUUGACUGUCUACGACUCAACACAGGAGGUCCAAGGGCCCUUCCCCUUGCCGCCUGCUCCUGCCAUGGGGAGGUGUCUCAACGAUCUUGCCGUUCACAUGGGCAUCAUGCCUCUUAAGAGCACAAUCGAUGCAGUCACAGUCAUGCACAAGGAUUCAUACAUAUACGAACCCAAGGUUCGUGUGCCCCCGGCGCCCCUCCUCUUCUCCCCGAUCCUCAACGCCUCCCUCCCAACCACCCUCCUCCACCUCAUCCCCCGCCGAUACCGCCGAUUCCUCCCCGCUUUGGACAGCGCCCACCCGCGCGUGCUAUCUGUUCCGGGGGAUGCUGCUCCCAAGCAUGCCGUGUGCCUGCGGUCCUCUACGCCACCUUUCAUUCCGCCCAGCCUGGACCUUCCUUUCUUCCUCCCUGUUUUCGAGAGCACCUACCCGCACGUGCUGCCUGCUGUUCCCAGUGCUGCUGCUCCCAAGCACGUCGUGUGCCUGCGGUGCUCAUGUACUUGUGCGCAUGGUACUUACUUGUCUCUUUCUUCCAUAGACGGGGCCGCGUUCCGGCGAAUGGCCAACGGAGGUCUUCCUCUUCCUGCCCUGCUCAUCCUUUCGCAGAUAGUUGAGGACUCUGAACCAGCACUGGAGCUCUGUAGUUUUGAGGUGCCUCAUAACUAUUCUCUUCCUGCCCUGCUCAUCCUUUCACAGAUGGCUGAUGACUCGGAACCAGCACUGGAGCUCUCUAGUUUUGAGGCGCCUCAUAACUAUUCUCUUCCUGCCCUGCUCAUCCUUUCACAGAUGGCUGAUGACUCGGAACCAGCACUGGAACUCUCUAGUUUUGAGGCGCCUCAUAACUAUUCUCUUCCUGCCCUGCUCAUCCUUUCACAGAUGGCUGAUGACUCGGAACCAGCACCGGAGCUCUCUAGUUUUGAGGCGCCUCAUAACUAUUCUCUUCCUGCCCUGCUCAUCCUUUCACAGAUGGCUGAUGACUCGGAACCAGCACUGGAGCUCUCUAGUUUUGAGGCGCCUCAUAACUAUUCUCUUCCUGCCCUGCUCAUCCUUUCACAGAUGGCUGACGACUCGGAACCAGCACUGGAGCUCUCUAGUUUUGAGGCGCCUCAUAACUGUUCUCUUCCUGCCCUGCUUAUCCUUUCACAGAUGGCUGACGACUCGGAACCAGCACUGGAGCUCUCUAGUUUUGAGGCGCCUCAUAACUGUUCUCUUCCUGCCCUGCUUAUCCUUUCGCAGGUAUCUAAGGAGUCUGAACCAGCACUGGAGCUCUCUCUCUCCGAAGCCAUCUCUUCCCCGGUCACCGCACUCCACCUCUCCGGAACCACUGUCUUCGCCUUCACACCCUCCCCCGCCACCAUCACAAUCGCAAGCAGCAGCACAGAGAAUGACGAUAUCGCCCACAAGGGGGCGGAUGCAGGUCUGGGGGUGCUGCUAGGGUUUGAUGAUCCGUUUGUCGUGUUCCACCUGGCGUCACGGUUGGCGUCAACAUCCCUACUCCAACUGCUCACAGUCUCCCAUCCUCCUGCCCUCCUCUUCCCGUUCUCACCAAUCCUCCUCCCUCUCCCUCUAUCACCCUCCCCUCUGCUCGUACUUACCCUCUGCCCCCCUCCCACCCAGCUGCCCCACGCCUCCCCAUGGGCAUCGCUGCUGCUCAAGUCCACCCUCGGAGAUGCAUCCUUUCCUCCCUUCGCUCUGCCUACUGCUGCGGAUUCUUUGACUGACAUGGGCGCUAUGAGUCACAUGAGCGCAGCCACCAUGGGCACUGGCAACAGCUCUGUUGCCAAACGCUCUGGAGCAGAAGGCUCUCCAGUGGUGUGCUUUGAUCGCGUGGUGCUGCUGCAAGAUCCGGUGCUGCCUGUUGCUGCUGGGCAAGCAGAGCAAGCUGCAGCUUCUGCGAGACCAACGGAGCAGCAGAGCAGCAGUGGUGGUGGCAGCAGAGGCAGAGGCAGUGCGGACGGCAACAUUGAAUCCGGCUGUGAUGGCCAUGCUGCUGUCAUCCGCUCUGCCCUGCGCCAUGCGUGCCGUCUCCAGUUGCCCGUCCGCUCCUCUCUGACCAUCCUCAUCGCGGCUUCAGACGCCGCAUGGAGACAAAACAUGCCGCCCGCCCUGCACCCUGCCAACCUGACUGCCGCCCUGCACAAGGAGUGCUCCCGCGCACAUCUGUCGUGUGAAGUGGUGCGAGCUCAAGAGGACAAAGACCCAUGCACUGAUCAGGCUAGAAACGCCUUCAACACUACUGCUGGUGCUGGUGGUGCUGGCAUUCGUGGGUGGGGCACUGGGCCCUCCUUCUCCGCCUUCCCCUUCGCUUCCAACCUCUCCUCUUCCGCGCUUCCCUCCCCUUCCGCCCUUCCCUCCCCUUCCGCCCGUCCCUCCCCUUCCUCCCUUCCCUCCCCUUCCGCCCUACCCCCUUCCGCCGUUCCCCCUUCCGCCUUCCCCUCCCUUUCCGCCUCCUUCCCCCCACUUUCUGCCAGGAAAAAUACCUCCACCCGCCUCCACCAAUCAGCGGCUGCCAGCUUGGACAGCGCCAUGUAA